UGAACGGUGCCCCAAUUCCCCCAUCUGCGGUUCCCACACUCUCUGUCCUGCUGACCAGAAACAAGCUUCAGACUGAGCAGACUAAUAUCUUCAGACCUUCACAGAAUUACAGGAGAGAGAGUUAACAUGGCAUCCCUGAAAACACUGCUUAAUCUUGGAGUCUGUCUGUCUGUGUGGAUCAUCACCACUGCAGACGAAGGUGCUGCGCCGAAGGCAGAGAACGUACGCUGGGUGUCUCUGGACUUUAAGACCAUCCUCACCUGGACCGUCAAACCAUCUGUAUACACGUACAGUGUCCGUUUCUCUGAGGGUAAUUCCGAUUGGAGGGAAACUCUUGACUGCACCAAAGUGACAGACUCAGAAUGUGAUCUGACAAACCUUCUCCACCCCUUAGACAGGAAUUACACAGCUGAUAUCAUAACAGAACCUCUGGACUCUGAUGACGAGGAAUUCCCUCAUACUGAAACUGAAAGACCCUUCAACCCCUACAAAGAGAGUAACAUCAGUGCCGUUGAAUUCACUUUGGAACCCCUUAAUGAGAGCACAAUGAUUGUGAACAUCACAGACCCUUUGAGCAGUAUCCAUGUGGGUAAGAAGCAGCUCACCAUCAGAGGUGUUCUCAAGAAUGACCUGAAGUACAAGAUCAGCUACCACAAGUCUGGAAGCACAGGCAAGAGAGACUACAUAUCUAACACUAGUGUAGCAGAGGUGUCCAAGCUGGAUGCAGGAGAGAAUUACUGCUUCAUGGUGGCAGCCUACAUCCCAUCCAGGACCAAAGCCACCCAGCUAGGAGCCCGGAGUGUGCAGCAGUGUCACAGUACGCCCGGACAUAAAGACAUCCUGCCAGAGGUGAGUCCUGGAGCAUUGAUUGGUGGAAUCUUCAUCUCCUUAACAGUCCUCAUCAUCAUCAUUGUGGUGACGGUCCUCUGCUGCCGACAAAGAAACAAGGACCUCAACAUAUCUCAACAAUCAUCUGCACCUAUUUAAGUGUGUGUGUGUGUGUGUGUGUGUGUGUGUGUGUGUGUGUGUGUGUGUGUGUAGGUGUGUAGGUGUCUUUCAAAUGCAGGGAGCUGGUCUCCCUUCACGUUUCUAUCUCCUCUAUUUGUAGAAACAUUGUUUUACUUUGCUAUACUCUUUGUUUACACUGUAUUAGUCAUAAUUUUUAACUUUACUUUAAUUGUGCAGCUUGCUCUGUUUGUCAGGUUAUGCUGUCAUUGUUUUUUUUUUUUUUUUAACUCAAAGUGAUGUUAGGACCAAAUAUAACCACUACAAGCACAGUCAAUGAAGCUCUUUAGUGCCAUCACGUGGCAGCUUGAUGUAACUACCUGAGCAAGCUCUUCUCUACAAAUCCAUAUUCAACUAUUCUUUUAGCGUGAUGCACUAGAUGAACUAACUCACUCUGAUUCAGUAUCACAUUAUUGUUUGUGUCAUAAGAUGAACUUUUGUUGAUCAAAAGGAAGGAAAUCAAUAAAACACUAAAAAUGAAAA